GAUUUUUUAACUUGUUUUAUGAAUUCUUUAAUAACUUAUCAAUGCCAGUUUUAUUGAACUGCCGUCAAUACAUUUAGCUAAAUAGAUUAAUUAGAUGCAAGAAAGUCAAGUAAACAAUUUUCAGUCUUCUCCAGCAGGUGGCUUUUAUAGGCCUGAGUAAGGCCUCAAACCCACUGGAUAGGACAGGAGGAGAAUGAACGAGUUGUUUCAAAUCAGUUUCAGUCUGCACUUUUUUGAAAUCUGUGCAAUUAUUUUGGAGUCGUUAACCUUACAAAUUGACAGUUCCUCAGCAAUAGGAAAGACAAUGGAUUUCAGAAGCUAUACAACUUCCUUUUCUAAAAACGGGGAUUAACUGCUACAAUCUGAGCUGUUAGGUCAGGAAGAAAACUUUUCCCUUGUCAACAUUUGCUUUAGUCUGGACAAACUAGAAGGAAGUGACAGAACAGCAAGAAGUCUUUCUUCAGCGUUGUAUUUGCUGCAGCUGGAAAACCUCCACUGAAACAGGAACGUAUUUGAUGUUGAUUGGAAAAUAAUGGGUAAAUUCCUGUCAAAGAUUUUUGGAAACAAAGAAAUGCGGAUUCUGAUGCUAGGCCUAGAUGCAGCUGGGAAGACCACUGUCCUGUACAAACUUAAACUGGGACAGCCCACCACCACCAUCCCGACUGUAGGUUUUAAUGUGGAGACAGUGACAUACAGGAAUGUAAAGUUCAAUAUCUGGGAUGUGGGUGGCCAGGACAAGAUCCGACCUCUUUGGAGACACUAUUACACAGGCACCCAGGGGCUGAUUUUUGUGGUGGACUGCGCUGACCGAGACCGCAUUGAUGAAGCCAGGCAAGAGCUCUACCGCAUCAUUAAUGACAGAGAAAUGCGUGAUGCCAUCAUUCUGAUCUUUGCAAAUAAGCAAGACCUGCCUGAAGCCAUGAAACCUCAUGAGAUUCAAGAGAAACUGGGCCUGACCAGGAUACGAGAUCGCAACUGGUAUGUUCAACCUUCCUCAGCAACCACUGGAGAUGGACUUUAUGAAGGGCUGACCUGGCUCACUUCUAAUUAUAAGACAUCUUGAGAAGAAAGUUCAAACUUCACGGACUUGCAGCAUGAAAAUUCCAAAAUCAUUGCUUUCAGCUUGGCGGUGUCAACAUGGAAUCGAUUCAAAUAAAGAGAAGCUGCUUUUAAUGAUGUAGCAGGGAUGUGAUAAAUAUAAUUGUUUCUCCCUUGUGCUGUUGAUUUAUUAGCAGGAACUGCACUGAUACCCAACAGUCCAGUGAAAGUUGCUUUUAUUACAUUCUAAAGAUAAGCUAUAGGAUGAAAAUGUUUUACUAAUUCAUUUCAGGAAUGUUACUGGUUAUAAAGUUCAUCAGAAGAUUGCUAAAAAGCAACCAUUUACACUCAAUGCUUUUCUAUUUAUCUCUGUGUUCAAACACUUAAGUACCACACAGUAUUCAGAAUUUAAUUCAGCAAUACUGUUGUUAUAAUUACAAUUCUGGUGGUUUUUGUUUGCAGGUUUUGAGAAGAUAGAUUUGAUACCUUUAUUCGAUAAUGAUAGCAGUAGGAAUAUAUGUUCUUAUGAUUUGGAGAAUUGAUGAUUUGCUGAGAUUAAUCAUUUUGCUGUUAUGCAAUAAUGUGUUAGAAACAGAAUGCUGUGGUAAUGCAACUGUUACAUUAAGUUUAAAAUGUCACAAUAUAUGACAAAAGGUAUAUUUAUUUUAAUAAUCUUCUUACAAUUAUGCUCUUAAUUCACAAAAUAAUGUGAUUUCCCAAUAAACCAGGAAAUUGCAUAAUUAGAAACUGAAUUAGUAUACCUCAUUUCUGAAACCUGAGACUGUUGCUGAGUUUCAUAUUAAUCAUAAUGCGUGACUGAUUUUUCAAACAGUGCUUUUGAUGGCAGUCCUGGGGAAUGCACCUGCA